CAAUCGUCAUUGUAGUAUUCGACACGCCACGAGUAACUUCACGCUCGCGGCUUAUCUUGUUUAUCGAUAUUAGUUAUUAGGAUUUAUAUAUUUGAAAACAUCUUGUCGGACUUUAUUUGUUGUUUGUAACAUUUGGAUAGCAGAAUAACAAUGAGUUCUUCAACUGAGGCACAACGAUUGAUAGCUCUGUCCCUCGGGAAAAUAGCAAUGUCCCGACAGCAGCGUGGUGGGAUUAAUUUACAUAAGAACUUACUUGUAGCGAGUGUUUUACAUAAGGCAAGAACAACAUACAUGAUGGAUAAUUUCCAAACUUUGUUGGCUAACAAACGAGCUCAGGCUGAACGCGAAGCAGCAGCUAAAAUGAUUGUGGAAACUCCAAGUGAAAAACUAGAGGAGAAAACAAUGGAUACAUCCUGUCAAUCGCGUGGGGUCACGGACUGUAACAAAGCUAACGAUACUGAGGUACCCCAUGGGGAACGUCCCGAGAAAAAUAACUACGAAGUGUUUGAUAAGGAAAAUAUUGUUCCAGUCAAAGAAAGUCGUGUGGAUAACGUUGAAAACGCAUUAUGUGACAAAUCUGAUGCUACCGAUAAGAAAUCCAGUCCUCGAGACAUAUCAAACAAUACACCAGUCGUUAUUGGCAAGUUACCGUUAUCUCGGCACAAUGGAAACACAAAUUACGUCAGCCAAUUAUCCUCGUGCAGGUGCACCGGGGGCAAAAGGAGACGAUCUUUUGUUGACUGUGAUUCAGUGACUGAACCAAAGAAGCCCCGAUUUGAAGAUGAUUAUGAGAAUAGUGACUCAGAUGAUAGCGAAUAUGAAAGUGACUCGGGUGACAAUUAUGAAAAAAUGCAGACUACAGAAUCGUCCCAGGUGAAAAGUUUGGUUGACAUUUUCAGUACCGGAUUUAAUGGAUUAUGCAAGGACAAUGAUACAAAACAGCAGCAGAGUACGGGACAUAUCAAUGUUUAUGUUAGUGCGGACAGAUCUUUGAGCGGACACCAGUACGUUUUAAAGGACAUUAGUUGCGGGACCCAGAUCAAGGACAAUGUCGCUCUUCAUACGGCGAUAGCGUUGGCAGUAUAAAUAGUAACUGGGACAUGUUUUAUGUUAUGAAAUCAGUUACCAGUAUGUGUUUUUUCAAAAUGGUGCAAUCACAUUGUAUUUAUUUUUAUAAUUGAAAGUGUGAUGAUCGAAUUGAUUUUUUAUCAUUCGAGAUGAUCUUAUCUUUGCUAUUUAUCCAUGACAUCACCUGUGAAUCAGUUUUCAUUACAGACGCAUUAAGACUUAAAGAUAAUGAUCAACGAAUGUUUUCUUAUAUAAUCAGUUGGAAAAACAUUUUAACAAUUUAAGCAACUUUUAUGGUAGAUCUAUAUCAUUUACAAAGAAAUGCAUAAUUUUUAUCAGUUCUAUUUUAUUCAUAUUAUCAUAAUUGGGGUUUACUUUUAUAUCUUUGUGUCUUAUAAGUUAUAAGACUUUCUUGUUACAGCGAGGUUCAUACUGAUGUUGUUUUUUAAAUAUACGUUGCCUAUGAAUAGGUAAUUGUAUUAAUCUCAACAUUUGUUUGACAAUAUGCAUAUCGUUUUAAUUUAAGACAGCUAAUAGAUCGAUCAUAGUUGACAAUAAAGGUGACAUUAGUUUAUGUCAUCUCCGAAUAUUAAUUUAUUCAUGACGUAAUUUUACAAUGAAAACAUUUACCAUUGUCUGUCAACAUUCAUAGGUUUAGAGUUUAUUUAAAUAUGUUAAAAGUAGUACGUGUACACACCUGUUUACCUGUAUGAAUAAUAGCAAAUGUUUGGGUGUAACCGCUCGUGACCUAUAUUAUUUCUUUGUACGUCAAUCAAUUCUGUGUGACCUGUACAGGAACACUUUGCUCAAAAGUUUACAGCGCUGUUUAUCAACUUUCAAGUUACAAAAAUAGCACUUAACAGAUCUCGAUUUUUUUUGUUGUUAUCAAUUAAUUAUUAACCGAAGCUAGGCGUGUGAUGGUUAUUUUUUGUAUCCAGUUAAGUAAUUGAUAAUGCACCUACAACGCUACUAAUUCGUGGCCUACUUUUACCCUAUCAUCGGAUCAUCGGGGCGUGAAUCAAUAUAUUAAAUUUUUGCUAAAUCAUGACGUGUUUACGUAGCCAUGGAUUUCAUUGUAUAAUUUUGUUUACCGAAGAAAUUCUUUAUCGAUUGUUGUACUGAAGUCUGAACGUAUGAUCAGGACUGAUCCGAUUAUAAUGUGGGUUGAUAAAUGUUACUAAAACGGUAAACAAGUGCGCUUUGUGUAAAGAAGUUAUUUAUAGAGGCGUGUUGGGUUAAGGAGUGUAAACAUAGGUCUUUGUUCUAAAUCAGGGCGUGCCGAACCACUUCCUUUAAUUAUUGAAAUGCACAACUAGCUAAAAACUUCUGAAGGGGAAAUGACUGUAUUAGUAGACAUGUGGUAGGAUGGUCAUUACUUAUCUAGAGAAAUCAUUUUUGGUCAUUCAUAAAUGACCAGUCUGGUGAUUAUGAAAUACUUUUAUGAAAUACUUUCAAAAUGCAGUUUCAUUUAAAUAGGAGUCAAGCAUUAAUUGGCCAGUCUCGUGAUUGUGAAAUUCUAUCAUAUGAUGAGUUUAUGUUGAGAAAUGUAUGUGGUACAUUUUUGAUUAAUGUAUGUGGUACAUUGUUGAUUAAUGUGAAACUGGAAGAGUGUUCGCGUACGUGUGUAUUAAAUGUAGUAAACAUGUUAGUUAUAUCAUUAUUAGUGAAGAUGAAAAACGUGUAAAAGACAAUUUGGAUAUUUAUGAAUUAUUGAUUGUACAUAAAUUCGAUAUAUUUAUUGAUGAUGAAAGAUAAAAAAGUUGAAAAAAUAAUGAAAAUAAAAAACAUUAAAACACUAA